AUGGCAUCCCGGAGACUUGCUCUCAGCUUCCACCAGGCGGUGCGCUCUCGCAACGCGCUACGGGCCGUCCAGCGCAGCAGGCGAGGUUUUGCGUCUCCAGUUGUCACCGGCUCGACGCAGUCAACGACCUUGUCCAAUGGCUUGACGAUUGCCACGGAAUACUCUCCAUGGGCUCAGACCUCGACUGUUGGUGUAUGGAUCGAUGCCGGAAGCAGGGCUGAGACUGACCAGACCAAUGGAACUGCCCACUUCCUCGAACAUCUUGCCUUCAAGGGUACCAACCGACGAACUCAACAUCAAUUGGAGCUGGAGAUUGAGAACAUGGGUGGACACCUUAACGCCUACACAUCGCGAGAAAACACUGUCUACUAUGCCAAAUCAUUCAAUGCCGACGUCCCCAAGACCGUCGAUAUCCUAUCUGAUAUCCUUCAAAACUCCAAACUCGAGCCAGCUGCCAUCGAACGCGAGCGUAGCGUAAUCCUCAGGGAACAAGAGGAGGUCGACAAACAACUGGAGGAAGUUGUCUUUGACCAUCUCCACGCCACUGCUUUCCAGGGCCAACCUCUUGGCCGAACCAUCCUUGGUCCAAAGGAGAACAUUGCCAGCAUCCAGCGUGAACACCUGGUCGACUAUAUCAAGACCAACUACACUGCUGAUCGCAUGGUCCUCGUUGGCGCCGGCGGUGUUCCACACGAACAGCUUGUUAAGCUUGCUGAAGAACACUUUGGAAACCUUCCCAGCCAACCGCCAAGCUCUGCUGCCUCUGCCAUUGCCGCCGAGCAGAAGCGUCAGCCUGACUUCAUUGGCUCUGACGUGCGAAUCCGUGAUGAUACCGUUCCCACCGCCCACAUCGCUCUCGCCGUUGAGGGUGUCAGCUGGAAGGACGACGACUACUUCACUGCUCUCGUCACGCAGGCUAUUGUCGGAAACUGGGACCGCACUAUGGGCAACUCUCCCUACCUUGGAAGCAAACUAAGCACCUUCAUCAACCACCACAACUUAGCCAACAGCUUCAUGAGCUUCUCCACCAGCUACAGUGACACUGGUCUCUGGGGUAUCUACCUUGUAUCCGAGAACCUGACCAACCUCGAUGACCUCGUGCACUUCACUCUCCGUGAAUGGUCCCGCCUAUCGCAGGACGUCAGCCCUGCUGAAGUCGAGCGUGCCAAGGCUCAACUCCGUGCCUCCAUCCUCCUCUCUCUCGAUGGCACCACUGCCGUUGCCGAGGACACCGGUCGUCAGAUCGUCACCACCGGCCGCCGACUCUCCCCACAAGACAUCGAGCGUGUCAUCGAUGGCAUCACCGAGAAGCACGUCAUGGACUUUGCCCAACGGAAACUCUGGGACCAGGACCUUGCCGUCAGCGCCUUUGGUAGCAUCGAGGGUCUGCUCGACUACCAGAGACUCCGCAACGACAUGAGCCGCAACGCUUCUUAA